UUUAGGUUGUUGUGUCUCGUUACUGGAUUUGUGAUUGUUUUGGAUAGAUACUUUUUUAAAUUGUAUACCUCUGUGGGUCUUUAUUUGGAGAUUUAAAAAAAGCUGAUAUUCCCGAUAUAAACAGCCCACUUAUUUGUUUCUAAUGUAAUUCAAAUGGUUUCCUCAAAAGAACGAAAACAAACCAGGACAUUUUCUUUAAGGAAGCAGCGGGACAGUUUCCGGAAGUACGAGGGCUAUGAUUUGCUACUCACCAAUGAAGAAGCCAAGAUGGUCCUAUCACGGAUAGCGAACUAGCUAGUAGUUUUAAUUUACAUUUUCUAAAUAUAUAAUAAGACGAUUUUUGUUGGGAGAAAUGGCAGAAUCCCUCUUUCCUUUGCCUUCCCUGGGUUUCUUGAUUCCACCUCUUCGGAUGAUGUCAGCCGUCUUGUGGCAGGUGGUGCACCAUGGCAACACAAAGCAUUAUGGGAAACUGGAGGAGUUUGUUUCCAUGGUAACAGAGGUGGUUCCAGAACUCCUUAACAACAAACAGAAGUGUCUGCUCAUCCUGGCUCUCAAAGGACGGAUGACACUACAACUGCUACGAUCUGGACGUCCUGAUGAUCUCAAGGCUGUUCAAACCCACCUGGACGGACUAAGAUCACAUGGUGUUAAACAGUCAAAUGAUGCAGUGAUUGAAUCUGCUGAAACCAACUUCCUGAAACUGGUUGAGAGCCUUCUAGAAGAUCCAGAGGAGAGGGAACACUUCUUCAGGGUGGUGUUCCCGGUGGAGUAUGGUCCUAACUUUGAAAUGGCUCUGCAGGCUCUGGUGUGUCACUUCCUGUCUAGACUGGAGGAGCUGUUGCCGGUCCCAGACUUCAAACAGACUGCUUCGUUGAUCAGUGCUGCCCCCUCUGUUCUGGAGGACUACAUGCGCUGUGUCUCCCAUGAUGAUCUGAACUCCCUGUUACACAACCAGCAGUAUCAUGGGAACCUCAAACUACCCCAGAGUGCUCCCACUCAGACAGAGGACCGCCUCCUCCACUCCUUGUCCUUCCCUUUCAUUAGUGGCCAAUCAACAGCAAGUUUGGAUAAAUACCAGAAUGAAUCUGAUUUGGUACGAAAUGACGGAUGUUCUCAAAGCGAAAGCAAGCAGAAGGCAGUAAAGGAGGGAGAUGUGGAAAGACCAAGUGUAAGAUUGGUGUCUGAGGACAGAGGAAAAGCAGUAAACAUUGACCCUGAGCAUCAGUACCCAAAGAGCACCAAUGCCUGUCCUCAGAUUGUACUACAACUCCAGGUCCCAUCAACCAGCCCCCAAGCUGCCCUUAACUCCACCUCAUCUCAGGACGCUACAUCUUCUUCAUCCACCAUGACACAAGGAACUAUAACCUCCACUAACCCUACAACCAGUAUAUCCCCCUCCACCACCCCUACCAUGUCUUCCCCCAGUUGUACCCCUGGUUCGUCAGAUCAACCUCCACGCCGGGUGGCCCAUAAAUGUCCUCAGUGUGGUCGCUGUUUCGUCUACCGUUACGAGAUGUUAGAACACCAGCGUCUCCACACGGGGGAAAACCCGUACAAGUGUUCCCAGUGUGGCAAGACUUUCAGAAGGUCCUCCGACAUGUCGACCCAUCGCCGAACCCAGUGCUCCAACGCAGCUUAUGUUUGUAUUAAAUGUGGGAGCAGCUUUGGGUCGGUCAGGGAGAGGGUCAGCCAUCGCUGUGCUGGUAGCCGUGGCCGUUCACAGCCUGGACAGAAGUUUGAAUGUCCACAGUGUGGGAGGAACUUCAAGUGGCAGAACUCCUUGAAGAAACACCUGGAGAACCACACCAAGGAAAAGGUCUUCAACUGCAGGUACUGUGGCGAGGGCCCGUUCCCUGGCAUCGCUGAGCUGAGGGCCCACCAGAAGGUCCAUGAUGGAGAGGAGAAGCCCUUCCAGUGUAAACAGUGUGGGAAGUGCUUCAGCUCACAGGGCUGGCUACAUGGCCACGAGCAGCGCCACUCCCAGAAAAGGUCCCAUAUCUGCCUCAGCUGUGGGAAGGGCUUCAAGUGCAAAGCCGACCUGAAGCUCCACAUGAGGACCCACACUGGUGAGAGACCGUACCAGUGCACCUACUGCGACAAGCGUUUCUCUGUGAAUGGGAACCUAACUAUUCACAUACGGACUCACACAGGGGAGAAACCCUUCCUCUGCUCUGACUGUGGCAAGGCCUUCUGCUCUGCAGGGGAGCUGCAGAUACACAGGAGAACACACACUGGGGAGAGACCGUACAAAUGCACCGUCUGCCAGAAAGGAUUCACCAUGGCUAGUAAGGUGACUCUCCACAUGCGUCUUCACACAGGAGAACGUCCGUACGUCUGUCACCAGUGUGGGAAGGCGUUUUCUCGCGGUGCAGAGUUGAAGAAACACAUUCUGAAUCACACCGGGGUGCGACCGUUUCGCUGUCAUCUCUGUUCUAAGACUUACACCUGUCAGUAUCACCUAAAGAGACAUUUAAAGACUCACAGUGACUCCCAGUCAGGAGACAUCAGUGGCGCCUCUGUAGCUACUGCAUAGGUAAAUGGAAAUAGAUCCAGUACCUAUAGCAAGUCUACAGCCCCUUGACAUUGUCACAUUUUGUCAGUACACCAGGGUUUCUAGCAUUUUAAGUUGUGAUUUAGGGCUUACUUGCAAUAGGCGUUUUCUAUUGUUGUAAAAUAUUUAAACAUACACACCUGAAAUCAAAAUUGGUACCCCCAAUAUUGGAUAAAUCCAACAUGGAACAUGACCCAAAUAAUACCUUGCAGAGGAAGCAAUGGUGGUGGCCGCAUCAUGUUGUGGGUGUUUCAUCGGGGACUGGGAUAUUUAACAAAAUGUGGCGAUGUACAGGAACGUUCUUCACAAAGACCUGCUGCCCUCUGCAAGAAUGCAGUAAUUGGGAUGGACGUUUGCCUAUGGCAAUGACCCAAAGCACAUCUAGUCGAGGCUAAGGAAUUAAAAAGGUUGCCCAGGCAGAACCCUAAUCUGAAUCGACUUGAAAAUGUAUGAAACAUGGCUGAUGGAUUCUUUUGCCAAUUGUGUGAGGAAGUCUGUGAAAUUAAAUGUUUGUUGCUGCUGUUGACAGUUCAUUCCA